AUGGAUGGCGUGGGAGAGGUGACGGCAUUUCUCACCAAGCUCGGGCUCGAGCAGUGCGUGCAGGCCGUGGUGCACAACGGCUUCUACACCUCAAUGGAGGCGCUGCGCGGCGCGACGUACGAGGAGGCGCCGUCCCACACACAGCCACUGGUCGACUCUGGCGUCCGGCCCGGCCACGCCAAGCUGAUGCUCAGCGAGCUCUCCAACGCGGGGCUGUCGACGGCGCCCCUCUCGGUGAGCUCCGACCCGGCCGGGGGCGAGGUCGCGGCCUUCCUCCGCUCCGUCGGGCUCGAGGCGUGCCAGGGAUCCCUCGACGGCGCAGGCUACUCGUCGGUCGACGCGCUGAGCCGCGCCACUCUCAACGAGCUGGUUGGCGUCGGCCUCAAGCCGGUCGCAGCGCUCUCGCCGUCGCGUGCGGGCGCGGCGAAGCGGGCGGUGGGGGCGCUCGGACGGAGCGGGCUCGGCCCCGCAGGUCCCGCCACCUCGCCCGGCCGCGGAAGAGGCAGGCGCGACGCUGAACUCAUCGCCAUCGGCCAGCUCAGAAGGCUGCACACCCUCCGCAUUGGCGAUGAGCGUGGAUACGGCGGCGACCAAUGGGGCUUCACCGAUGUUGGCUUGACGGCGGUGGCUGUCGGGUGCCCGGCGCUUCGCAUCCUCACCUUUAAAGGCUUCGACGCGGCGUCUACAACGCAAACUGCCCGCCACGCAGUGACCGCAGCUCCGUUGUUUGCGCUCGCCGCCCACAACAGCGGGGUUCUGGAGCAGCUGGCGUGGGAGUGCGAGGGACCGCUAGCAGAAGCGCUUGGGGCGCUGCUGCAGCGAUGCCAGCGACUCAUGCAUCUCAAAGUGAGUUCAUGCGACGACUGUGACGACAGUGCGCUGCGCGUUGUGGGGGCGCAUGGCAAGAGCCUGAUCACCCUCGACGCGUCCUUCACUGCAGUGACCGGGGACGGGGUGAUCAGCCUCGUCCAGGGGCUGCCGGGGUUGCGUGGCCUUAAUGCCAGCUACUGUGACGAGGUCGACGAGGACGAUGCCCAAGCGUGCGAAGCCGUGCUCGUGGCGCGCGGGGGCUCCUUUGGCACCAUCGGCAGGGAGUUUGGACAUCCGCACUGGAAGGGGAGGUAA